AUGUGGGUAACGCAAAUAGUUGGAAUAUUCACCCAGUUCGACGGUGAACUUCAGUAUGAAUAUUCAGUUAUCAAGUCAGCUGUUGAAGUUGCUGUUGAAAAAGCAAAGAUCAAGUAUCCUGAUAUAACAUUUGAAUUUACGGCAUAUAACAGUUCUUCAGCAAGCAUUAACGACCAUGCCGUAGUAAUAGCAUCUAGAGAACACUAUGAAAGGCAUGUUAGUAUAUUCAUUGGACCCAGCGCUACACAAGAGCUAGAACCUGUGGCAAAAAUGGCUGCAGCCUGGGGAAUUCCAAUUUGCACAGCGGGAGGAAUGGACGUAGAGUUUCUAAACAAAAUAUUAUAUUCUACUCUAUUAAGAAAUGGUAUAGUUCUGUCCCGUCUCGUUCACUUUAUCAUGACAUAUUUCCACGUCCUGGACUGGCACCGGAUUGCUGUGCUAUCUGACGAGACCGACAAGUGGGGAUCUCUAAUACACAAGAGCAUGAAGAAAUUCUUGACAGAAGUUGAUCACGAAGUUAGGACGUAUUUCCAGUCAUUUUCUCGUUAUUCCAGAGUGAAAACAAAUUUUACCUAUUUGUUAUCAGACUUGAGAAAAACGGCUAGAAUUUUCAUCAUUAUUGGAACUGGACAGAUCUUGAGAGAAAUCCUUUUUGCAGCAUAUGAUCUUGGAAUGAGCAACGGGGAAUACGCUUUUCUGAGCGUUAAGCUUUUCAACAACAGGAAGUCUUUCGGGGAAUUCACGUGGUUCAAAAAAGACGAUCCUCGAAAUGCGGAUGCCCGAAAGAUAUACGAAGCCCUAUUAUUGGUUACGGUUCAAGUUUCAGCCGACUCUGAAUAUAGACAGUUUGUUCAAGAUGUAAUAGAACACUCUAGCAAACAAUUUAAUGUUAGUGUGGAAGAAGAAUCAGUAAACGUCAUAAUUGCCGGUUUCCACGACUGUGUCAUGAUGUAUGCUGCUGCCUUGAACAAAACUUUAGUUGAAGGUGGAGAUCCAAGAGAUGGAUAUACUCUAAUCAGAAGCCUAAUUGGAGACAUCUACAUUAACAGCAAUGGUGACCGAGAAGCUGACUAUACCCUCAGUGAUCUUGAUCCUACAACUGGAGAAAUGAGGGCUGUCGCUACUUACUACAGUGUCCAGCAAACCUUUGAAUUUAUUCCUGAUGUAAGUAUCCAUUGGCCAGGGGGCUCGCCCCCUUCUGCAUAUCCUUUCUGUGGAUUUACUGGUGAUGCCCCACACUGUCAGCAAGAAGAACCUUUUCCGAUAUAUGGUUAUAUCGUGAUCACAGCAGCGGUUAUUUUUCUCGCAGCUGUUGGCUUCGGUCUUCAAAUCUACCGGAGAGUAAAACUGGAAUCCGACCUAAAGAACUUGUGGUGGAAAGUUCAGUGGGAUGACAUUAUAUUCCAGAAUAAUGGACCAAAAUCUCUGGUUAGUGUAGAUACAAGUGAAGAUAGAGUAUAUGGCUUUGAGAAGAAACGUGAAUGA